AUUUCGACUUUCUGCUGGGAUUAUCAUCACACGUCUCACGUAAUCGGGCUGGUAAACAAUGAAAAUUGUUGGAUGUUCUAUCUGUUUAUUAAACAGUAUGAAACUAGAGAAGAUGAAUGUGACAGGAUUUGCACUAUACAGAGGACGUUUGGCCUGAUCAACAAAAUAUGAGUUAAAUCUUGGAGGAAACACACGUCCUUAGGGUUUUAACAGGCGCACGAAAACUGGAGAAACGUGGAAUUCCUGGCUGUGAUUUAAUAUCAUUUUAUUCUACGUUUAGGACUGUUUAAGAUUGUCCUGUCAUUUGGAUGGUUUAUCUACGCUUGUUAUUCGUUGUUAAUCUCACUACUGUAUGAGCGCAUGUGCAAUGGCAGGCCGCGAACAGCAUCAGCACCAUCCGCAGGUGGAGAUGAAGGCAGAGCUGGAUGAUGCGGAGCUGGCACUGCAGGGCAUAAGUAUGCUCCUCAACAAUGGCUUCAAGGAAAGCGAUGAGCUCUUCAGGAGAUACAGGACCCAAAGUCCACUGAUGAGCUUCGGGGCGAGUUUCGUGUCCUUCCUGAAUGCCAUGAUGACGUUUGAGGAGGAGAAGAUGCAGAUGGCCUGUGAUGACCUGCGCACCACAGAGAAGCUGUGUGAGAGUGACAACGCUGGUGUCAUCGAGACCAUCCGCAAUAAAAUCAAGAAAAGUAUGGACUCUCAGACGUCAGGGUCGGCAAUAGUGGAUCGACUCCAAAGGCAGAUCAUAGUGGCUGACUGCCAGGUCUACCUCGCUGUGCUUUCGUUCAUCAAGCAGGAACUCUCAGCAUAUAUUAAAGGAGGCUGGAUCCUCCGCAAGGCUUGGAAGAUGUACAACAAAUGCUACAGUGACAUUAGCCAGCUCCAGGAUGCAUGUCGCAGGCGUUCCUCUGAUCAGGAAAAUCACAACUCACCUGUUGCCGAGAGCAAUGGCGGACUGACGGAGGAGGCACUGGGGCGUCUGAAGGGCUCGGUCAGUUUUGGCUAUGGCCUUUUCCAUCUCUGCAUCUCUAUGGUUCCUCCCCAUCUACUGAAGAUAGUCAAUCUGCUGGGAUUUCCAGGAGAUCGACACCAGGGUCUGGCAUCACUCAUCUACGCAAGUGAGAGCAAAGACAUGAAAGCACCACUGGCCACGCUGGCUCUCUUAUGGUACCACACGGUGGUGCAGCCCUUCUUUGCUCUGGAUGGCUCUGAUUCCCGGGCUGGACUGCUUGAAGCUAAAACUAUUCUGCAGAAGAAAGCAGUAAUUUACCCCAACUCAUCUCUCUUCAUCUUCUUUAGAGGACGAGUGCAAAGAUUAGAGUGCCAGAUAAAUGCUGCGCUGGCAUCUUUCCAUGAUGCUCUGGAGUUUGCUUCAGACCAAAGAGAGAUCCAACAUGUGUGUCUCUAUGAGAUCGGGUGGUGCAGUAUGAUUGAGAUGAACUUUGAAGAUGCUUAUAAGGCAUUUGAAAGACUAAAAAAUGAGUCCAGGUGGUCACAAUGCUACUACGCUUACCUUACUGGAGUAUGCCAGGGUGCCUCAGGUGAUUUGGAGGGGGCAAACACGAUUUUCCAAGACGUACCUAAGCUCUUCAAACGCAAGAACAAUCAGAUUGAGCAGUUUGCAUUCAGGAGGGCAGAGCGAUUGAGAAAACUGGGUGCUUCACAGGAUCUGUGCAUUCUGGGAGUUGUAGAGGUGCUAUACCUGUGGAAGGCUCUUGCAAAUUGCUCAUCUUCUAAACUGCAGCUCAUGAGCCAAGUGUUGCAGGGUGUGGAUGACCCAUCCUGCAUGGGUUUAAAACACUUGCUUCUCGGUGCUAUACAGAAAUGUCUUGGAAACAUUAAAGAUGCUAUUCAGUCGUAUCAGAGGGCAGCCAGGGAUGAGCUGGGCCGACUGAGCAACUCUUAUGUGCAGCCAUACGCCUACUAUGAGCUAGGAUGUGUGUUAUUGGCUAAACCUGAGACUUUGAGUAAAGGAAGGUCAUUGUUGCUUCAGGCAAAGGAGAACUGUACAGGAUAUGACUUUGAGAACAGACUGCAUGUGCGAAUCCACACAGCCCUCGCCUCUGUAAAGGAAGUGGUCCCUCUGUGACUCCAGCCAACCCAGGAAGUGCAUUUUACAGGGACCAACCCUGUUUGGCACCUUUUAAAAUGCAAGCCAUUAAAUUUUUUUGUUUGUUGUUUUUUUUUUUUUGAAAAUCAAAAUGAUAAA